CUCUCUCUUCCUCUCUCUCUCUCUCUUCACAUGCCACCUCGCUCAGUCACCACCACUUUCUCCGACGCCUCCACUCACUUUCCGGCCAUCCAAACUCCUCUGCUCUACCAGAUUCCAUGGGCCGCAACUCCUCCACUCCUCCGCCGCCCAUCCCGGAAGACAAUGCCGCCGCCGGCGCCAACGAUCUAGGCUUCCACUCGAUUCGCGAUCGUGUCCCUUUCAAACGCAACCCUAACCCUAGCCACCACCACCGCUCCCGUGACCACGGCCUACCGGAUUGCGGCCCUUCGUCGUCUUCGUCCCUGCGCCAGCGGCCGCACCACCGCUUCAUCCGCAAGGGAUUUUUCAAAGGGAAGUCGGUGUUCUACUCCCUCCUCAUCUUCGUCGUGUUCGGAUUCGCGGUGGCGACGAUGGUGUUGCAGAGCUCGAUGACUUCGGUGUUCAGGCAAGGGAGUGAGAGAGGGUGGUUGUUGAGCCAAGGGUUGAAGUUUGGGAGCUCGUUAAGGUUUGUACCGAGGAGGUUGAUUAAGGAGGAUGGGCUCGGUGAGGCGAGGAAGCUGCCGAGAAUCGGUGUCCGGCCGCCGCGGAUAGCUCUUAUCUUGGGAAACCUGAAGAAGGAUCCACAUGCCUUGAUGUUGAUUACUGUGAUGAAGAAUAUCAAGAAAUUGGGUUAUAGGCUGAAGAUUUUUUGCAUAGCGAAUGGUAAAGCACGUAAAAUGUGGGAGGAACACGGUGGCCCAAUUUCUAUUUUAGCUCCGGAGAAAUACAGCCUCAUUGACUGGUCAAUUUUCGAAGGCGUUGUUGUUGACUCUCUUGAAUCAAAAGACUUCAUUUCAAGCCUUAUGCAGGAGCCUUUUUGUUCAGUACCACUGAUAUGGAUAAUUCAAGAAGAUACACUUGCUAAGCGUCUUCCGUUGUAUGCGGAAAUGGGCUGGAAGCAUCUUGUUUCUCAUUGGCGAAGUGUUUUUAGCAGACCCGAUGUUGUGGUGUUUCCAGAUUUCACUUUGCCGAUGCUAUACAGUGUUAUCGACACUGGAAAUUACUUGGUCAUUCCCGGAUCCCCAGUUGAUGUUUGGUCUGCCGAAAGUUACAGUAAAACACACUCCAAGAAUCAAUUGAGGAAGAACAACGGUAUUACUGAAGAUGAUAUGUUGGUUGUAGUUGUCGGAAGUUCAUUUUUCUUCAAUGAGCUUUCAAGAGACUAUGCUGUAGUGAUGCAUUCUAUAGAACCACUAUUGAUAGAAUAUGCAAGGAAAGACGCAGAAGGGUUGUACAAAUUUGUUUUCUUAUGUGGUAAUUCAUCAGAUGAAUACGAUGAUGCUUUCCAGGAAGUUGCUUCACGUCUAGGACUUCCUCAAGGUUCUGUAAGGCAUUCCGGCUUGAAUGGUGAAGUUGAUAGUGUUUUAUUAAUGGCAGAUAUUGUCCUCUAUGGUUCUUCACAAGAUGAACAAGGUUUUCCUUCAUUGCUUAUCCGUGCCAUGACUUAUGGAAUCCCAGUUAUUGCACCUGAUUUUCCCGCUUUGAAGAAAUAUGUAGUUGAUGGAGUUCACAUGGUAUUUUUUCCAAGACAAGAUCCUGAUGCUUUACUAAAGGCAUUCUCUCUUCUGCUUUCAAAUGGGAAACUUUCUAAAUUUGCUCGAACAGUUGCUUCCUCUGGAAGACUGAUUGCUAUGAACCUGCUUGCAUCAGAAUCCAUAACUGGCUAUGCAAGGCUUCUGGAGAGUGUAUUAAAUUUUCCAUCAGAUGCUUUGUUGCCAGGUCCAUUCUCCCAGCUUCAACAGGGUAUGUGGGAGUGGAAUUUGUUUGGGAGUGAAGUAGAUUAUGGCACCGGCGAUAUGCCAAACAUUAAUCAAAAUCAGGCAUCCUUGGAAAACUCUUCUGUUGUUCAUGCUCUUGAAGAAGGGUAUUCUGGAAUUUCAUACUCACCAAACAUAUCUGAGAACGGAUCUGAGAUUUUGACACAUGGUAUUCCAACUCAAUUAGAUUGGGACAUUUUGAGAGAAAUUGAACUCUCUGAAGAAUAUGAGAGGCUAGAAAUGGAGGAGCUAGCAGAAAGAAUGGAGAGCGAUCCUGGUCAAUGGGACGACAUAUAUCGUAAUGCCCGGAAAGCUGAAAAGCUUAGGUUUGAAGCAAAUGAGAGGGAUGAAGGAGAACUUGAGAGGACCGGCCAGCCAGUGUGCAUUUAUGAGAUAUACAUUGGAUUCGGGACCUGGCCUUUCUUGCACCAUGGUUCGUUGUACCGUGGGCUAAGCCUUUCUACAAAGUCACGAAGAUCAAAAUCAGAUGAUGUAGAUGCAGUUGGCCGGCUUCCGGUAUUGAAUGAAACGUACUAUCGUAAUGUUCUCUGUGAGAUGGGAGGAAUGUUUGCUAUUGCAAAUAAGGUGGACAAUGUUCAUAAACGACCUUGGAUUGGGUUUCAGUCUUGGCAAGCUGCUGGUAGGAAGGUAUCUCUGUCCAAGAAAGCUGAGAAAGUUUUGGACGGAGCAAUUCAAGACAACAAGAAAGGAGAUGUGUUGUACUUUUGGUCACGCUUGAACAUGAACGGUGGGGUUACAGGAAGCAAAGAUGCACUCACAUUUUGGUCUGCAUGUGACAUAUUGAACGAGGGGCAUUGCAGAAAUGUUUUUGAAGACGCAUUUCGUCAGAUGUAUGUCUUGCCAUCUAGUGCUGAAGCUCUUCCUCCCAUGCCAGAGGACGGUGGUCACUGGUCUGCUUUGCAUAGCUGGGUGAUGCCAACUCGCUCCUUCCUUGAGUUUGUGAUGUUUUCUCGGAUGUUUGUUGAUUCUCUUGAUGCUUUGCACACCAACUCUACUAAGAGAAGUAUCUGCCUAUUGGGUUCGUCCGAACCUGAGCAAAGGCAUUGUUACUGCCGGGUAUUAGAACUUCUUGUCAAUGUCUGGGCUUACCAUAGUGCAAGAAAGAUGGUUUACAUAGAUCCUCUCUCUGGUUCACUGGAAGAGCAGCACCCAGUUGAGCAACGCAAAGGAUUCAUGUGGGCAAAAUAUUUCAAUAGUACAUUGCUAAAGAGUAUGGAUGAAGAUUUAGCAGAAGCAGCAGAUGAUGGAGACCAUCCUAGGGAGAUGUGGCUGUGGCCAUUAACUGGGGAAGUGCAUUGGCAAGGAAUUUAUGAAAGGGAGAGGGAAGAGAGAUAUAGGCUAAAGAUGGACAAGAAAAGGAAAACGAAAGAGAAACUGUUUGAGAGAAUGAAGUACGGAUACAAGCAGAAGACGCUUGGGGGGUAGGAGUCUAGUUACUAGUAUGCGAUUGAAAUACUCGAAUUCCAAUUCUGACUCACCUGGGCAUCUCAGACAGACUGAUGUUAUUUCUCAACUUGGAGGCGGGAAAAGUUUCUCGAGGACUGAGGCUAAGCUCUAUUUUUUCUAACAGUGACAGCAUGGUCCAUGAAAAGACGUAUUUUUUUUGUAGGUAUUUUUAUCUGACUGAAUAGAUAUACUCAUUGAAGCGGAUGAAAGACAGUUGCUUUCAAGCAGUUGCAGCUGAGCAGCAUAUGGAGGCUUUAAAUUCUUGUAUAAAGUUGCAGAGAUGGUUACCAAGUUUUUGAGGAGCAACAUUCCUCAAAAACUUGAAAUUCUUUUUUCAAUAGUGAGUCGUAUGUAUUCUUUUGACAAUUUCCUUAAGAAAUUUUGAUUAGAAUAAAGCAGUUCCCGACUGUUCUUAUUUUUAGGUUUUGUAUAACUGAACUAACUGCAUAGCUUUCCUCAGUGGUAGAGGCCUAGAGGGCUGUUCUUCAGAUGAAUUUUAGAC